UUACCUGCCCAGAAAAUGCGUUUCCUUCUACUGGCGGUGGUGGCCUUUGUGGUUUGCAGCUCAGGUGUUUCAGCAUUGCGUUGCUACAUUUGUGAGGACUGCGACGAGAACUCUCAAUUGACCGAAAUGGAGGUUUGCGACGGCACACCUGUCAGUUCUAGUCCAAGUCCGAGUCCGGGUCCAAGUCCCAAUCCCUCACCAGCUGCCCCAGGUGCACCUCCAUCCGCGGAGGAGGAGGACUAUGACAGCGAUGAGUCAUCCACAGUGGGCAUAAUGCCAGCAGGCAAUGGUGGGGCCGCUGGAGCAGGAGGAGCAACAGCAGGAGGAGCACCAGCCGGAGGAGCACCAGCCGGAGGAGGAGCAGCAGCACCAGCAGUUCCAGAAUCGGCAGCUGAGAGCGAAGAGGAGGAAGACGAAGAGGAGGAGGAGGAAGAGGAUGAGAGAAGGAGAAGAUCUAGUGCCCGGCAAGCGCAGCUUGAUGUACCCACUGCUUUCUGCUACAUAGUACGACUACACUUGAAUGAAUCGGUUAUCACCAAGAGGGGCUGCACCACCACCCGGAUGAGUAAUGGGACCGGCCACUGCGAUGGACUCUUCGAGAACUGGUCCGUGGGCGGAUGUCAACUGUGCCAGGACGAUGGCUGCAACAAGCCUAUUGGCGAAUCUUCCAAAGGAAUCCCGGGACUGGAAGCCAGUCUGGCUCUGACAUUAAUGGCCAUUGUGGGUCGCUUUCUGAUCUAAAUAUAUAACAAUUACCCAAAGAUCCUAAUAUACAAUCCACAA